AUGGUCAUUUCUAGUUCUUUCUCCAACCUAAAGAACAAUUCAUCCUUUUUUACCUUCCAUUUCAGGAACACUCAAGAAUGGACUCAAGAAUGGAAAGAAUGCCCUGAUUACGUCUCUGCGGGAGAAAACAGCUGUUACUUUAACGCAUCGUAUACCUCCAUCUGGGUGCCCUACUGCAUCAAGCUCACUAACAAUGGUGGUACUGUGGAUCAAAAGUGCUUCUCUGUCGAGGAAAUAGUACAACCGGAUCCACCCACCGGCCUCAACUGGACUUUGCUGAACACCAGCCUGACGGGGAUUCACGCGGACAUCCAGGUGAGAUGGGAGCCACCGUCCAACGCAGAUGUUCAGAAAGGCUGGAUCGUCCUGGAGUACGAGCUGCAAUACAAAGAGAUAAACGAGACCCAGUGGAAAAUG